CAGGAUUUGUGAGUCUUGAGAUGGUGGGUCUGUGGUCAACAUCAUCUCAAAGUCUAUAAAUAGGAGGCUUCAGUUGCACCUUUUGUUGUUGUCAUCACCUUCAUCAUUGCAUCUGAUUCUAUCGCUUACUCGUAUAGUUUUCCUUUCCUCAUCGCCUCACAUUAUCUUUGACCAAUAUCUCAGGGACCAUUCGAACUCGAACACGAUGUCAGCCUCGCAAAAAAAGAACUUGUCUACGUUGGCUUUUGCCGUAGUCUUACUCCUCAUUGCUCAAGUCAAGUCUGAAAAUACGACCAAGUGGAAGGUUUGUUCGGCUCAAUACAUCAAGGCGACUAUCGGCGCAGACUCCAAGUUUUAUCCAACCGGUGGUAAAACUGGAUCUGGUUCUGCUACAUGCUCUCUUGGCCAAUCUGCUACUUCACAAGGAACAUUAGUCGUACAUGCCAAACCGGAUUUCGACUUGGGAGUAAAGCCUUACUGUGUUUCUUCCAAUGCCGAUUGUGUGGCAGUCGAUGAACCUGUCACUCGUCAACCUGAAAAGGUUGAGAAAACCUCAAAUAAGUGGAAAGUAUGUUCGGCUCAAUAUAUCAAAGCGACUAUUGGCGCAGACUCCAAGUUUUAUCCAACCGGUGGUAAAACUGGAUCUGGUUCUGCUACAUGCUCUCCCGGUCAAUCUGCUACUUCACCAGGAACAUUAGUCGUACAUGCCAAACCGGAUUUCGACUUGGGAGUAAAGCCUUACUGUGUUUCUUCCAAUGCCAAUUGUGUGGCGGUCGAUGAACCUGUCACUCGUCAACCUGAAAAGGUUGAGAAAACCUCAAAUAAGUGGAAAGUCUGUUCGGGUCAAUAUAUCAAAGCGACUAUCGGAGCAGACUCCAAGUUUUAUCCAACCGGUGGUAAAACUGGAUCUGGUUCUGCUACAUGCUCUCUUGGUCAAUCUGCUACUUCACCAGGAACAUUAGUCGUACACGCCAAACCAGAUUUCGACUUGGGAGUAAAGCCUUAUUGUGUUUCUUCCAAUGCCGAUUGUGUGGCAGUCGAUGAACCUGUCACUCGUCAACCCGAAAAGGCUAGCUCAGUUAAAUCAUCCUAGAUCAACUAGAAGAUAUGUUCAAGUCAAACCAUUAUGACCAACAUCAGGGUAGUUUACAUUUAGGAAUUUAGUGAUUGAAAGAUGACUUUAUUAUUAUGACUCGAUUUCAUCAUCAGAAGAUUGCUUCUUUGUUUUUAUCUAUCAAACAAUUUUAUUUCUAUUGAGUUUUUUUUACAUUUGUUAUCUCUAUAUUAUGUUCUCUUUGCAGUUUCUUCUUUAUCAUCUUAACGUUGAACCUUUUACGACCCUUCCACAUCAACUGUCAUCAUUGAUCUCAAGAACGGAGAAACCAUCUGUUUAAGCCCAAAUGAUUUCAAAGCAAUGGAUUUACUCACCUGAGUUCACUUUACAUUGAUCUAUGUGAAUCAAAUCGAAAAAAUCAUCUUAAUGAAAAGACAUCCUAAGUUACUAGAGAUAUAUAUGUGAAAAUUUAAUUCUUGUCGAUCUUGAUACAUUACUCUCGCCUCACAAUAUUUUUGAUAGCUUUGAGCACAGAUGAUCUAUCUAUCUUACCCAAGACCUCUU